AUGUCGUUAGCUGGCGUCUCCUCCGCCACCAUCAGUGACCUUGAUAGUUACAUCUUCGACGACUACCAGUUCUCUUUCGACUCUAGUUAUAUCCUUCAAGACGAGGCCUUUAGCUUUGACCCACCACAGAAUCACUCAGCACUCAAUGACUACCAAGUCUACAGCCAAUCCAACGACUAUCCUAUGUCGAAAUGGCCUGAGUUCGAGCGUGUGGAUGACUUAAAGCCAUCUACAGAGAAUCAAGUGAAGCUCGGCUCAUGCGACAUAGACAUAUUCAAUAGUCAGGUAGCACCGCCACGUUCCAACUCUGCUGCCAGCACCGGCUCCAAAGAGGACAAAUUAUCUCUCAAGCCUCAACCGUCCCAACCACUACGAAAGCCAGGGAAAGGUCGGCCGAGGAACUCGGAGGUAGCCAUUACUCCUUCCAAGACAACAACAACAGCGGGGCGCAAGCGAAAACCCACGCGAAAGUCACCCACCACCAGCGAAGUAGGAGACUCGCCAGAAGAGAAGCGGAAACAGUGGCUCGAAAAGAACAGACUGACUGUUGCAAAGUGCAGAAACAACAAGAAAGAGAGGACGGAAAAUUUACAACGUGACUUGCGGGAGAAAGAAGAUAAGAAUGCGUGCCUCAAGGAGCAGGUGAUGCUUAUGAAGGACGAGAUCCAACAGAUGAAUGCGAUCCUUGUUGCACAUGCAAACUACGAAGGAUGCAAGUUUCGCGAAGAGACCCAGGCCCAGCUCAAUGCCCUCACCAACGACUUUUCCACCGCCCACCAGCCAUCCUUCCAAGAAACCAUUCUCCAUCUGCCUUGGGCCAAUUCCAUGGGCUACAAUCAGGAGCUACAGAAGAAAGAGAGGUUGAUGGCGCCGGACCACCGGGAGAAUAUGAUGGCCGACCAAGAUGGACGCAUCGAGCCUCUCACCUCGAACACUGGGGACAAUUCGCCAUGCAUGCAGAAACAGUGCGCGCCUGUUCACAGUCCUCAACCGCCCGCUCUCUGGAAUCAAAUUCAUCCUUACCCUUUUGUGGACCAGUCGACGCACGGUAAUCAGGCUGGUAUGCAAGACAUCACCCCUGACUUUCCAGCUCGCGUACCCAUGAUGGAGACAGUGGCGGAGGGAGCGUCGAGAUAUCGAUGCGACCAUAUUCAUCCCCAAACGGGCAAACCUUGUAACUUGGGCUUCUCUCAGCGCCAGAAUCUUACGCGGCAUAAGAGAACCAUUCACGAGGUCGAUAAGCUGCGGUGCCACCUGUGCAAGAACACCUUUGGGCGAGGCGACUCGUUACUCCGCCACACACGCAUGGUUCACUUAGACGACGAGUAG